AUGCUCACCCGUAACCCUAGAAAGUGUGAAAAAGAAACACUGGCUGCCAUUUUGAGUUACAAAGCAAAAACAAGUUUGUUUGUUUUCUUUGUAGGUAGAUCCACAUGUUUGUGGCGAUGUAUAUAUAUAUACGUGCGUUCACGUGAUUUGAUAUGGGUAAUAGCUAAAAAUAAAAGUGUCUUUUUCCUUCUUGUGGUUGAGCAAACAGGAGAGACAGAAGAUGAAGCGGAACAGAAAAGGAUCCGAAAGAAAAAGGAAAACAAGAAGAGAGAUACGGGGACCCCCGUGGCCUUGGGGGCCGAGCCCGCUCCCCCACCUGGUGCUCCUGUAAGAGGCCCGAGGAAGAAGGCUUCGAGCUUCUUCUCGGAGCUCCGGGAAGAGCUGCGGUGUGCCCCCUCCGUGACCCCCCCGGAGGCCCCCGCAGGCCCACAAGCCCCUCCGGCGGCUGCAUCGCCCUCUCCCCUGAACAGGAGGGAGCCGGUGGAAGUGGUGGAAUUCCACAGCAGGAGCAAGAAAAGGAAGCAGAGGCCGGAUCAAGAUGAGAACGCCAAGACCAAAGCUAGUAUCCUUGAGAAAGAUGUGAAUAUACAAGAAUUUAACUUAGAAAAGGCUCGGCUGGAGGUGCACCGGUUUGGGAUCACGGGCUACGGAAAAGGGAAGGAGAGAGUCCUGGAACGGGAGCGUGCGGUCAUGCUGGGCGCACAGCCUCCCAAGAAGAGUUACGUGAAUUACAAGGUUUUGCAGGAGCAGAUCAAAGAGAAAAAGGCAGCCAAGGAAGAGGAAAAGAGAAUGGCCCAGGACACAGACAUUUUCAAGAAAAAGAAGAGGAAAGGGCAGGAGGACAGGAAAUCCAAGAAGAAGAAAGCAGCUCCCAGUAUUCUGUCAAGUGGACGGAUUGGCCAGGUUGGAAAAUUCAAAAAUGGGACCUUGAUUCUGAGCCACGUCGACAUCAGGAAGAUAAACUCCUCCCGCGUGGCUAAGUGAGCUGCUGCCGAGCGACAGGGGUGGGGAAGCCCUUGUACUGAGACUGGGCCGGCCAGACUCCAGACUGUUAUUUAUUUCCUGUUUCCUGACUGUUCUUUGAGGGAAAAUCCGAUAGAACCAGGAAAGCUUCUGGGGCUCAUGUGUCUGCGGGGCCACGUUGGGCCAACCACGCGCCGUGCGCAUGUGAAGUGAACCUGGUGAAAGACGUUUAAUUUUCCCAGCGCAUCUGUCACUCGAGUGUCACUUUCACUGGUGUUUUGUGCAUUCGCUCGUAAGAAGAUUUCUCAGGAAUGUACUGAUUUAUAAGGGCUAAUAAUUAACUUUCAAUCGCCAUUUAAUUUUCUAAAAACGAUUUGGUGUCACUAUUGUGAAAGAGCUAACAAUGUGGUCAUUUGUCAAGUUAUUUUGUGGGAAAAGCAGCUUCCAUGUUCAGUCUCAAGUAUAUAAAGUCUACUUCACAGGAAGGGACGUAAAUAAAAUUCACCCUUUGGGGCGUGUGUGGCCGUGACUGUGAAA